AUGCUGGUAAUGGUGGUGGUUUGGGAAGCGAUGGGUCAGAAUUGUAAGAGGGCAUUUACUGGAAUUGAAAUUUUGUCAGUGUCACCUAUGGUGAUAGGAAAAGAGGCUUAUUAUUACUAUUGGGGGUUCUUUCCAAUGGGAUUUGUGGUGGGGAAUUUUGAGGGUAUGAAGAGUGGGGAUGGCAAUGGGUAUCCGGUCACCCAUGUUUGGGUCGCAGGUGGAUGGUAUUGUGACAGUGGAUAUUGGUACAGCCGUGCCCACAACGGGUGGCAGUGUUCUGCGAAACACGAAUGUGACGUCGCUACUGUUGGUGCCAAUAACUUCGACUGGAGCUAA